ACAUGGGAGUCUUAUAAUUGAUCCUUUAGUCAAAUUAUUUGACAUUAGGGUAAUGCGCCCUCUUGCACCCAUUUCUUUCUAUUCUGGUCCCUCUUUUAUCAGAAUGCAUCCCAAACUUUCAACUACUGUUUUCGUCGUGUCUCGAUCUGGUCAAUUUCAUGUUUGUGACGUAGGAAAUACAUCUGACAUUCAUUUUUAUCAGGCAAAUACCGCUAGUUAUAUAAAUGCCAUUGACCUUUCAACAUCCGGUGAAAUGCUUGCGUUUGGUGAUGGUGCUAGUAUUAUACAUCUUUGGGGUGAUAGAAAAAGUUCAAAAAUUAAUGCUUACUCCAAUAAUAUCGAGUUACCCGCUGUUGCUCCUCCAACUCCAAAUAUAUUUGUUGGUGAAAAUGAUCCCUUAUCAUUAAUUGGGAUGCCUUAUUACCGAGAACCAUUGCUUUCUGUGUGGCCAUCUAAUAUGAUGUUUGAAGUUGGAAACCCGCCUCCAAAAAUUGAUCCUGAUAUCAUAAAUAAUAUGAAAAUGAUUGAUUUUGUUGGAUAUGCUCCAAAUCCAGGUAAUAAAAAACGAAAUCAAGUUGUUAGAUGGUCAAGAAAAAAGCAUAAAGCCGGAACUCCCAAAUUUCAUUCUGAAAAGGAAAGAGAAUUACAAUCUGGGAAAGAGUCCAAGGAGCCGGUUAAUUUAUUUGAUGAUGAAGCUGAGUUAGGUGCGAUUGGCACUAGAAUGCCAAAAUAUUAUAAACGGGUGGAAAUUAAAUAUAGUAGAUUUGGCAUUGAUGACUUUGAUUUUGAGUUUUACAAUAAAACUCGUUAUGCAGGAUUAGAGACACAUAUAACAAAUUCAUAUUGCAAUUCAUUAUUGCAAGUUUUAUUUUUCACCCCAGCUCUUUGUUUAAUAACUAAAUCUCAUAUUGGCUCCUCUUGUUCAAAAGAAAAUUGUCUUUGUUGUGAACUUGGGUUUUUGUUUCGUAUGUUGGAAGAUGCUGUAGGAAGAAAUUGUCAAGCUUCUAAUUUUUUGAAAGCUUUCAGUACAAUCCCACAAGCGGUAGCUCUCGAUCUAUUUGAACCGGAUAAGCCCGACGAAAAGUUUUCUUAUUCAGUGCUUAUUCAGAAUUUUAACCGCUUCAUCCUUGAACAACUUCAUCAGGAAUGUAAUUCUGAUAAUAAUCCUCGAUUAUUAAAAUCUUUGCCUUUGGAUAAAACUUCUCUUUCGAUGAUACAACAAUUACUCGGAAUGCAAAUGAUUUCGGUUAAUAAAUGUCAAUGCGGGACGGAAACUGAACGCAAUAUCACUUCAUUUGUUAUUGAUUUAAAUUAUUCUUCAAAAAACUCAAAGGAUAAACACACUACAUCAAGAUCUUUUGUAGACAUUUUACGGUCAAGUAUUAGACGCGAAACCCAGCCGAAAGCAUGGUGUGAUAAUUGUCAACAAUAUACUCCUAUGAUUGCUAAAAAGAUACCAAAGAGUCUACCUCCUGUUUUGACUAUUAAUUGCGGUUUUGGAACAUCAGUUCCACUGGAUUAUUGGAGAUCCCUUGAUAGGAACAAACCUUGGGUGCAAAAAAGGAUUUAUAUGAGGCUAGAACAGGAUGAUUUAAUCGUAAAAGAACUAGCAUCAGAUGCUGUUGUUGAUACUAGUUAUACAGGCAAUUUUAAUAGUGCAAAUUAUGAAAUAAUGGCCAUUAUUGCUCAAAUUAGGAUUGAUAAAGAAACACCACAUUUGAUAGUUUUUAUAAAAGUUCCCGACAACCAACUAGAGCCAGGAAGUAAAGGCCCUUGGUAUUUGUUUAAUGACUUUUUAGUAAGAAAUGUGACAGAGCAAGAAGUAUUUAAUUUUCAAGGAUUAUGGAAAACACCAGUAGUUUUAUACUAUUCAAGAAUUGAUAUUAAUGAUUUGAUAGAUAUAAGUGUCUUACCUUCUGAAAUUGAUAAAUCUAUACUAUUUAAAGAUAUUUCUAUAUCAAAGCAUCGAUUAACAAAUAAAAAAACAGCACAUUUACUAACCCCGGAGGAAUUGCCACAGCCUGGAACAUUAGUCGCAAUUGACGCUGAAUUUGUUGUUUUAAACCAGGAGGAAACAGAAAUUAGAAGUGAUGGAACAAAAUCUGUUAUUAGACCAAGUCGUCUAAGUUUGGCUCGUGUUAGCGUUUUACGUGGUGAGGGACCAAAAGAAAGUAUACCAUUUAUUGACGAUUAUAUAGCAACAUCAGAACCCGUUGUUGAUUACUUAACUGAAUUUUCUGGGAUUGAAGCCGGUGAUCUGGAUAUUUCAAACUCUAAACAUACAUUAGUUCCUCUCAAGGUUGCUUAUAAAAAAUUACGAUUACUUCUUGAUCUUGGUUGUGUCUUUGUUGGUCACGGAUUAAAAAAAGAUUUUCGCAUAAUAAAGCAAGUAAUUGACACAGUUGAUUUAUUUCAUUCAAAGAAUCGAGCAAGAAAAAUAUCGCUUCGAUUUUUAGCUUGGUAUUUAUUACGACAAGAUAUACAAACAGAGACACAUGAUAGUAUUGAAGAUGCUCGAACAGCAUUAGCAAUCUAUAAAAAAUAUUUACAAUUUAAAUCUGAAGGUAUAUUUGAAGAAGUGUUAGAAGAUAUUUAUAACGAAG